AUGUCGCCCGUGAUCUCGCUGCUUGCCAAGCCGCGGCAGCGCGGCGCCCAGCCGUACCAGAAACACGCCCUCAUCUACUUCAUCUGCGGCAACCCAGGCCUCGUCAACUUCUACGUCACCUUUCUAGAAUGUCUCCGCGGCAUGCUGGACGCCGCAGACGAGGGCUCAGGCGGAACGGCAUACGAUAUCUAUGGGCGGAACUUGCUGGGCUUUAGCGAUGAUGAUCAUGAGCCGUUUAGCGAGACCAACCAGCCUUGGGAUUUAGAUGGCCAGAUUGAGGGGAUUUAUGAGGACGUUGCUGCGAGGAGCGUCAUUCCGGACGAUGCUGGGGCGCUGGGCGAGCAGGGGAAGGGGUCGCGGCCGUAUGACUUUGUGGUGUUGAUGGGGCAUUCGGUGGGCGCCGCCGCAUUUGAAUCUGCGGCAUGGGUUUUUGUUGUUCCCGACGUUGACGCACAUUGCGAGCUCGCCGAGCGGGAGGAGAGCCACGCUCUUGACGAAGAUGCCCGUCGUGGAGAAGAAUGCGCAUCGGAUAGCAAAGUUCAUUCUUGGGUGUAUUCCGUAUGUGUGUGUGCUGUGGAUCGUGACGAAUGUGAUGGGCUUUACGGCGCAGACGGCGGAGGCGACGGCGCGAUGGUUGAAGAGUCGUGA